AUGGUGAAUGUAAAGAAACGGAAAGGUCGAGUCGUGAUAGACUCCGACUCGGAAGACAGCGCCAGCGACGAUAACCUGGACCAGGAGCUGCUGUCUUUGGCCAAGCGGAAGAGGACAGACUCGGACGAACAGGAUGAGCCUGUUAGCAAGCCGACGGCGGCGGCGUCUUCAGACUCUGAAACGUCAGACAGCGACGACGAGUGGACGGUGGGCGGCACCAAGGGCAAGAAGAAGGUGAAGCCGGGGAAGGGCUCGGACAAGAAGACCGCCUCCAAGAAGAAGCUGCACAAGGCCGCCGCCGCCGCCGCGUCCGGCAGCUCCGAUGGGGACAGCUCGGCCGAGAGCUCCGCGCCGGAGGAGGGGGAGGUGUCGGACUCGGAUACCAACAGCUCGUCCUCCAGCUCGGACUCGGAGUCCUCCUCGGAGGACGACGUGUUCCGGGACGGCUACGGGGAGGACCUGAUGGGGGACGAGGAGGACCGCGCCCGCCUGGAGCAGAUGACGGAGAAGGAGCGCGAGCAGGAGCUCUUCAACCGCAUUGAGAAGAGGGAGGUGCUCAAGAGACGGUUUGAGAUCAAGAAGAAACUAAAGACGGCGAAGAAGAAGGAGAAGGAGGAGAAGAAGAAGAAACAGGAGGAGGAGCAGGAGAAGAGGAAGCUAUCGCAGGUCCAGGACACGCCACUGGUGAUGUCACACAACAAGGAGCGGCGGUCCAAACGGGACGAGAAGCUGGACAAGAAGUCCCAGGCCAUGGAGGAGCUGAAGGCCGAGCGGGAGAAGAAGAAGAACAGAACAGCGGAGCUCCUGGCCAAGCGAGAGCCCCUGAAGACGAGCGAGGUCUACUCCGACGACGAGGAGGAGGAAGAGGAGGAUGACGACAAGUCGUCAGUGAAGAGCGACCGGAGUUCCCGCUCUUCAUCCUACGAUGAAGACGACAAGGAGGAUACUCCGCCCAAGUCCCAGCCCGUGUCCCUCCCGGACGAGCUGAACCGCGUCCGUCUGUCCCGACACAAGCUUGAGCGCUGGUGCCACAUGCCCUUCUUCUCCAAGACGGUGACCGGCUGCUUCGUCAGAAUAGGCAUCGGAAACAGCAGCAGCAAGCCCGUCUACAGGGUUGCCGAGAUCGUGGACGUGGUGGAAACGGCGAAGGUGUACCAGCUCGGAACGACGAGAACAAACAAAGGCCUGCAGUUACGGCACGGUGGCGACACGAGGGUCUUCCGGCUCGAGUUUGUGUCGAAUCAGGAGUUUACGGACAACGAGUUCAUGAAGUGGAAGGAGGCCAUGGUCGUCGCCAGCAUGCAGGUCCCGACUCUGGACGAGAUCACCAAGAAGGAGCAGUCCAUCAAAGAGGCCAUGAACCACAAGUUCAACGAUAAAGACAUAGAGGACAUCGUGAAGGAGAAGGACCGGUUCCGAAAGGCGCCGUCGAACUACGCCAUGAAGAAAACCCAACUCUUCAAAGACAAGGCCAUGGCGGAGGAGAGCGGGGACGGGGAGAAAGCCAAGGGGAUCCAGGAAGAGCUGAACACGCUGGAGGAGAGGGCAGAGAUGUUGGACCGUCAGAGGACUAAGAACAUCUCCGCCAUCAGCUACAUCAACCAGAGGAACCGGAGUUGGAACAUCGUGGAGUCGGAGAAAGCGCUUGUCGCCGAAGGACAGAACACAAAGAACCAACAGAUGGACCCGUUCACGCGAAGACAGUGCAAGCCCACCAUGGUGUCCAACGCCCGGGAUCCCUCCGUGCACAUAGCCAUCCUGGCCCACCUUGACCAGAAGUACGGCUCCGGCUCGUCCAUCAUGGACCCCAACGCCUUGGACAAGAACAAGCUCUUAGCCAUCCAGCGGGAGCGAGACGCAGCCAAGAUCCACAGCGACCUCUCUGAGGACCUCUUCAAAGUCCAUGACUUUGAUGUCAAGAUCGACCUGCAGGUUCCCAACGCAGAGGCCAAGUCUCUGUCGGUGAGCUCAAACGCUCUGCCGGUGAAGGACGGAGCCCCCCGCCGCUCCCUAAACCUGGAGGACUACAAGAAGAGGAGGGGCCUCAUCUAGCCCUCCACCACGGACCCAUCUCAGCCCCCACCCACCCCGGCUCCCGGGCGGCCAUCUUGGAUCUAAAUGCUUGCAGUUAGGGUUUACAUCCAAGAUGGCCACUACAGGUGAAUCAGGCCCCUAAUGGAUCCAGCUAGCCUCCAAGACUGAUCUCUCGGCCUCAGAACUACAUUGCAUGUAUAAGCGUGUGUGUGUGUGUGUGUGUGUGUGUGUGUGUGUGUGUGUGGGAGUGUGUGUGUAUGAGCGAUUGAGGAUUGUGCGAAUGCGUGGAAACGUGAAAGUUGUGUGUGUGUGUGCCGAUACAAGAGACUGUUUAACCCUUCAGAGAGGAAAUGCUGAUUAAGCAACGACAAAAUUAUUAUUAUUUUUCCCUUCUCUCGAUGGAACUUUCUCGAAGGAAACCUGUCCGGUUAUAUUUUGUAGUCCGCUUUAUUGUCCUUUUUUUUUUUUUAUUUUUUUUUUUUUACACACAUUACAUACAUUAUACAAAACUCGUAUAAUAAAUCGUAUUUUUUUCAAUUCUUUCCAGGACUUUUGUUAAUUUAACUUCUCGUCUGCCCGCGAUUCUGAUCUCUACGUCACUGCUUGCGAGUCCCGUUUCAAUUUAUCCUUCUUCCUUGAAAAGACGCGUUUACUUUUUUAAACAAGGACAGCGUUUAGAAACUUAAGCAGGGGGACUUUUACGUUGGCAUUUUACAGGUUUAAGACGGUAUAGGAGUUCACCAGCUCCCCUGAUCCGACCAACACUGAAGCACCACUGUCAAAAACCAGGGCAUCCAUAGAACUUAACGCGUCUUCCCGGGACAACCAGUGUCGGUGCUCUAUCCCACCACUGUCCGAUCUACACCGUACUGGCUAACCCAUCGUUUUUAAAUCGUGGAGGAGGGUUUUGUAUUUUAUUUUAAUCUGAUAAAACGACUCCUAAUAGCAAACGUUUGGGUGGUUAUUUUUUUCAAUUAAUUUUAUCGAUACUGUUUCCACUUUUUUUUUUUUUAUGCGUUUUUUUUCGAGAGACCUGUUCACCCGUUUCCCGCCGAUGCUCUCCGAUCAGCUCAGAGUGUCCUCGACUGUGUCCAUAGUCGGUUCUUGUAUUGAUGUGGCAUGCUAUGUAAAUAUGCAUUUUGGAGUGAGUGCGAGGAAAAUAAAUAAAAGGCACUGUUUCAUACG